CCGAGGGCGGCCACGAUGCAGAAAUCCAAUGGUGGCUUGAACCCGCAGCUGACAGUACCAUUCCUCUGGACUUUCGCCAGCAGAAGACUCCUCGUGUCCGAUUCGGCAGCUUAUAGGGUCCCGAGACCGCGGGCGGAUAUUGCUGUAAAGCCAGCAGAGCCAGCUCUCGGCCAGCAACAAGGCGGACAACGGAGCGGAGUUUCUCUCCCAACAACCAACGCCUUUCCAGCUUCACUUCAGGCUUCAUUUGCCCUCUUUUCUUACGCUGCGCUGCUACAAAGGGCUCCCCCCGCGGCGUAGCAUCCUUGCCUGUUUCGGACUCUCUGUAUCCCGCCUCUGCCAACAGCAUCUUCAGCUGUCAUUUCAAGCGAAAAGCAAGCACUCACUUCCCUGCGUGCGUGCGGGCUCUGUGCACGACACACCGACACCAACCCCACGGGCACAUCGUAAUCCAGCGUCUGCCGCUGACCUAUCGCUGCUCGUCCGCCUUGUCGUUCCAAGGAAACGCUCUAGGCCCGUAGGCCUGGAGAGUCUGAUCACUCACGGUACCAUGAAGUUCGGCAAGACUAUCCAGAAGCGACAGCUUGAAAUUCCCGAAUAUGCCGCCAGCUUCGUUGAUUACAAGGCGUUGAAGAAGCUCAUCAAAACUCUCAGUGCAACGCCUGUGCUACCCGCUCAAAGUCAUGGAGUACAAGACGUUCAGGACCCUCAAGCCUCGCUUCAGGCAAAUAAGGCGUCCUUUUUCUUCAGAUUAGAACGAGAGCUCGAGAAGGUCAACACGUUCUACCUUCAGAAAGAGGCUGAACUGCGUCUACGAUUGACCUCGCUCCUCGAUCAGAAGACGUCGAUGCAGGCACGGCAACCGCCGGCGUCAAAACUCUCGUCAAGAUAUAUCGCCCUCGAGGAAGGCUUCCGACAAUUUAGCUCGGAUCUCGCAAAGUUGCAGCAAUUCAUCGAGAUCAAUCAGACUGCAUUCUCUAAGAUACUGAAAAAGUGGGACAAAGCCUCAAAGCAAGAGACAAAGGUCAUAUUUCUUUCGAGAGCUGUCGAGGUGCAGCCAUGCUUCAAUCGAGAUGUCAUCUCCGAGCUUUCGGACCAAGCGACAACAAAUCUCUUGGACUUCGCAGCGUGGGCCGAAGGGGAGAAAAUGCACUAUAUCCUUACAAAUGGUGACUCUGAAGUAGUUAGGCCAGCUUCUCAAGACGAGGUUGAUUUUGACACUCAGGUUUUUCAAGCCAUCGCGGCUGGAAAUCUUACUGUAAUCCAAGAUUGGACGGCCAGGGUUGGUAAUCUUCCCGAUGCUAGGCAGCGUAUCACGAAAGCUUUCCUCAGUUCUGCUGAGGAGGCACCGGAAAUGGCUCUCCAGCUACUGCUCCAGACUGGGCAAGUUGAUCUGAACGAAAUAGACGAGAUCAACCAACGAAAUAUACUCCAUCGUGCAGCGAUAUCCGGACGGCAAGUACUGCUACAAAUCGGUAUCGCUGGCCACGUGGACGUGCACGCAGUCGAUGUUUACGGGCGCAUACCUCUGCACUAUGCCUGUAUACGAGGUUCAGUCGAUAUGGUUCAGGCACUCCUUGCGGCUGGCCCGGACACGGUCGAUACCCGAGAUCACGACAAUUUCACGCCUUUGAUACACGCCAUAGUUCACUCCAACCUAGCCGUCACACAAGCAUUGCUCUCUGCAAACGCAAAAAUCGAUCGUCUGACCGAAGCCGACCAUAUUCCUCUCAACCUCGCAUGCCAACAUGGAUCAAUCGAUAUUGUGCAAGAAUUGCUUCGAAGAAAGCCACAAAUCCUUCCAGAUGCUGAGGGUCUGUAUCCACAACAUCUCGUAGCGAGAUCUGCCAAGUCAUCGCCACAACUUUUGCUCUUGCUACGAGAAUAUGGGUUGGACCUGAAUCAGCCUGAUAAGUUGUACCAAUGGACACCUAUAUUUCAUGCUGCUAGCGAGGGAAAUGUCGCCGUCUUGCAAGCGCUACUAGGUUGUGGUGUUGACCCAUCGAUUUUGGACGAGAAGGGUUUGUCGGCACUAUACUACGCAACGUGGGAGGGCCAUCUCGAUUGCAUGAAAUUGCUUGCAGCUCAGACGGACUCAAUACUAGGGAAGAGGAAGGAGUCGCAAAGGACCCCACAAAUACCUACGCUUCCCCCUUCACGUACUCCACAUGCUAAAGCUAAGGAGGCGAUCGAUAUACCGCCGCUCAUCCUGCCAUCGCCGAUCAUCCCCGUCCGUCGCUACGGCCAUAACUUCCUCGAAUCUAAAACAUUCGUAAUCAUUAAUUUCGGCAAUCUUGGCUACGAGGCCAUACAGUUUUACGAGGAGAACAAAUACCCCGCUGCGCGCCUUACGAUCUCUUCCAAGUCCUCCGAUCUGAUCCCUCAGAACUUGCUUCUACCCAUUCAGGACGAUUACAAAAUCAUUUCGUUUCAAAUUGACAACGUCGACACGUUCACGAUUGAAUUCGACGUAUAUCCCACUUUCGGCACCAGAGUGAUUGCGCGCGCGGUCGCUUCUUCAAAGGUAUUCACGGAGGGUACGAGUAGCAGUGGCAAAUGGCAUCUCGAAUUACUUGACCCUCGGCUGAGAGCUAUAGGGCGCGUUAGUUUCAACUUCCAAGUCAUCAAACCAUACUCAGGUAUUCCUCUCGAGAUCACACACUUCGCAGUAUACUGGAAAGAGACGGAUCAAAAACCACACAACGCAUCGCUCAUAACCGGAUCAAGUUUAUCUGGUGACUACUGCCGUUUGUAUGUUCAAAUGACGAGAGAUGGAGUGGCAAUAUUAUCGCCAACGUGGAAACUCUCUACUGGCGUUUUGCAGGUGCCUGUAAAUCGACUGACUCACGCGGAGUAUCUUGAGCUUGGAAAGCUAAGAGAUGCUCCUGAUACUUCAGGAGCUCUUGACAGACUCACCUCACUCCUUCAAGAAUCAACGAGUGCGGCGGCACUGCCAGAUAUACACGAGCUCUUUGCGAACGCAUCUAUGACCCUGCAGGAAGCACUCAACAUUCUCCCCCUUGAGAUUCACGUCGAGUUACAUGUCAUGUUUCCGUCUUUGAAAGAAGAGACUGAGCUCGGCUUGGGGCCAACGCCUAACAUUAACACCUUUGCUGAUCGUUUGUUGACCGUGGUCUUCGAACAUGCUCGUGCUAUGAGGGAAAAGACCGAUGGAUACUUACGGAGCAUCGUCUUCUCAAGCAACAAUCAGGAUGUCUGCACAGCUUUGAACUGGAAGCAACCGAACUAUCCAGUUCUGUUAUGCAACUCACUUGAGCAGAGCAUAGAAGUUUCAGGAGUCAAAAGCAUCCCUGGUUUGGGUCGGACCACGUUUUCGAUUAAGGAGGCAGUGCAACUUGCGAAAAACAACAAUCUCAUGGGCAUCAUAUGCAGCUCAAAGCUUCUGGAUCUUGCUCCCAAGAUUUCGGAAUCGAUCAAAACCGCCGGUUUGGUACUCAUCUCGGACGUUUCAGCCGAUCCCGAAUCUGAAAGCGCAAGACAACAGCUUGGUCCGCCCAACGAUGGCGUAGACGGUAUUUUUAGAAGUAAUGGCGUUUUGAGAUUCCACGAUUCAAUCAACAUGUGAAAUGAUCAAAAGUGCGUGCAUUUAGGGCGUGGGGAGGAAGGAGGGGAGGCGUGGGCGCUCGAAUUAUUCAACGCUAGUGGUUCUCUAGUACCUUAAUCUCGAGGUACCACAGCCGCUUCAUAUAGACGAUAUAGCCAAGGCACGGCGAACGUGGAAUUUGUAGAGCACAGUCUUUGGCUCUUUUGGGGAUCACGUACUUAUCAAACAAGCGGCGAAGUAGUAGAUCAAAAUCCAUGGUAUCAUCGUGAUCGUUGAUAUCAAACUAUCCGUCAUAAUAAUCAUCAGGCACCCUUGUAUCCGUACUUCAAAUUCU